UUUUCCCAGGGAAUAUUGAAAUACGAUAUAGAAUGCCAUAAAAAGUAUGGAAAUAUGUGGGGGCUAUAUGAAGGGCUGCACCCUGUGCUGAUAAUCACAGAACCAGAUAUGAUCAAGAAUGUGCUAGUGAAAGAAUUUUAUUCUGUCUUCACAAAUCGACAUUUUCUUGGUCCAACUGGAAUAAUGAAAAAAGGUGUAGCAAGAUCUGAGAAUGAAGAAUGGAAAAGAAUUCGAUCAUUGCUGACACCAACCUUUAGUAGUGGAAAACUGAAGGAGAUGUUCCACAUCAUCCAAGAAUAUGGAGACGCACUGGUGAAAAACAUGAGUCAGGAAGUAGCGAAGGGCAAGAAUGUUAUCAUGAAAGAAAUCUUUGGGGCCUACAGCAUGGAUGUGAUCACUGGUACCUUAUUUGGAGUGAAGGUGGAUUCCAUCAACAACCCCCGGGAUCCCUUUGUGAAAAACAUCAGAAAUUUUAUUACAUUUGACUUUUUCAAUCCAUUGGCUUUCUCUACAGAAAUACCUAAUUUCAUUUUAGCUCUUUCUGAUCUGGAGAUCCUGACCCAAUCAAUCACAUUUAUUUUUGCUGGCUAUGAGACAACAAGCACUACUCUUUCCUUUAUUACAUAUUUACUGGCAAUUCACCCCCAUGUUCAGAAGAAAUUGCAGCAAGAGAUUGAUACAGUCUUUCCCAAUAAGGCACCUGUCACUUAUGAAGCCCUGGUAGAGAUGGAAUAUCUGGACAUGGUGGUGAAUGAAACUAUGAGAUUACACCCAGUUGCUAUCAGGCUUAACAGGCUCAAUAAGAAAGAUGCUGAGAUCAAUGGUGUGUUCAUUCCCAAAGGGACACAGGUGGCCAUACCUGUCUUUGUUCUUCACCGAGAUCCAAAAUACUGGCCAGAUCCUGAGGAGUUCCGUCCUGAAAGGUAUGAGGACACUGAGAAGGGAACAUACACAGAACCAGACUUCUUUAAGUAUGUUAAGAUGUCUAUUACUGUAAUCACAUAAAAAUAAAUUUGUAUU